CGUAUCAAUGUUGUCAAUGUGCUGCCAUCGCAAGGUCUUCUAAGUAUGUAAAUACAGGCAGUCAUAAAUCAGCGCCACAUUUUCCUCUAAAGCAGAAAGAAAAGACUUGGGCAUUUCGUAUCUUACCCGUCUUACCGACUUUUUUUUAUUAUUAACUAAGCUAAGGGCGUCUGCUGUUGCUGCUUGCUUAUCUAAUCGCCGGAUGCCGGUGGCGGACUCCCAUUUUGUAAGUGCCAGCAGCCAGUGCCUGAAAGCCGUGGAAGGGCUGAAAGGGUCAAUGCGCGCGCUGUGUCUCGCGGUGAUGAUCCUUGGCGCUACGCUGAGCGAUCAAGCAGCAGCGGAUGAAAGCGUCGAAGAGGCCCUGUAUGGCGUCAAGUACGCGUCCAGGUGCGAAGCUUGCAAGUACCUUGCCGUGGAGCUGGAAGCACGUCUCGGGGAAACUGGCAGAACGCACGACGUCAUCGAGACCGGAUACUCGCUGGACGGAGAACGUAAGCGCAAGAAGUACGCAGUUUCUGAACUGCGUUUAGUGGAGUCGCUGGACGGCGUGUGCGACCGGCUGCUCGAGUACAACAUCCACAAGGAGCGCAAGGACAGCACGCGCUUCGCCAAAGGAACGAGCACCACGUUCAGGACGCUGCACGGCCUAGUGGCGAAGGGCGUCAAGGUGGACCUGGGGAUCCCGUAUGAGCUCUGGGACAGCCCGUCGGCCGAGGUGACGCAGCUGAAGAGCCAGUGCGAGGCCCUGCUGGAGCAGUACGAGGCCGACAUCGAGCGGUGGUACUUCGGCAGCCAGGAGGAGCCGCUCGCCACCUACCUGUGCCGCCAUCGGGUGCUGCGCCGAGGGGACGACGCCCACUGCCUGGACGACGACUCCAGCCGAGCCAAGACCGAGCUGUGACGUUUCGUGCGCGCCCUACAAGUGUCUACUUACCACGAUUGUUGGCAAGGACGCGUCACAAGUGCUGCAAACGCAAGAGAACAAGACAACGCCCACUAUCAACUAAAAAAGGAAGCAGUCGCUCAACUUUUAUGUUGAACAUUUACCUCGUAAUGGCUAACUGUUCGCAGUUAUCUUUUACGUAGAGUGCCGGAUUGACAGGUGACGCUACCAUAUGUGCGCAUGCGCUCUUGUGUGCAUGGGCGUCGGCAGGGGGGUGUAGAAGGGGCACUUGCCCCCCUCAAGCCACACCAACACUUGCACCCCAUCCAACUCACUUCAGCACUUCCCACACCUCCAACGCGGUGCAACACCGGUUUGCACCCCCCAAGACAAACUCCUGCCGACGCCCAUGGUUGUGUGUCUACUUUCUGCGCCGCAGUGGUCACGUUCUGCUGAUAGUCUGCGUUUGCAUUGUCCUGUUCCGUUCUCCUGUGUCCGUGUUUGUGCGCCUUACUUUCUUUUGUGAUGGAGCAUUCCAUCUUGUUUCCGCACUGUGUAACUAGGGCUCCAUUCUGCUGGAAAGAAGGUUUAGUGCUGCUGCCUUACGGACUAUCGGAGCAGUUGUCUGUCCUACCCGCACACAACGUUGCUGCGCAGCAAGGCUUGUGUAUAUACACGGUGAACAUUAUUGGAACCUCCAUUCAGUAUUGUGCACACCCUCUGAAACAUCAGUCCCUACGAAUUUGAGAUCAGACAUCAUCUUGGCUGCCAUAUUAGAGGACCAGCAUUAACAAAAAAUUGCAUCUGUUAUGGCCAAGUGUGGUUGUUGUGCUGUUUGCGCACACGUCAUCAGUGUUCCGACUACGUCUCAGUGAUAUGUUGGAGCACUAGUAUGGUAGGAAGCUGCGUGUCUGAUGUCAUGUACAAAGCAUCUAUAUCUCGCCAUUGUUUGUACUGCCUUGCCUUCACCAGGGAACAGGAGGGCUCUUUGGUACCACCUGAUUAUCUAGAGCAACGCCUCCUCUAGAAAGAUGCCUGUGACGGAGCUGGCUAUCCCAUUGUAGCCGCCCUGCCUUGAGUUGUGGUCGCUUGUCGAAAGAUGGCGGCCAUGUUCUCCCCUAUUGUUUUCAAUGGGGCUGGCGUGGUGUGACGUCGAGGGGAGUAAUGUGCACAUGCGCAAAUGCGUGUUGCAAGCGGCCACCGCAAGGAUCGCCAGCUACUGAACUCAUUAGAAACAGUGAAGGAGGGAAAGGGUAGGGCAGGAGGUUUUUGGCUCACACGGCAGGCACCUUUCUAGAGGAGGCGUUGUCUAGAGUAAGAGGGCAGUAAUAAGAAAUGAAUCUGCAGUUUAGAAGUGUUUUUCAAGCUCUAGCAGUCCAUGGUAGCAUACAGCAUUGCUGUGUUGCUUUCAGUACUUGUCAUGGUUACGUAGCAGCGAGGCGACAUGUAACAACAGUGCGAUAAUGCUGGUCGGUAUCACGAAAUGGGGCCACAAGAGUUUCUCUUUCAUAGCAGCAGUUGUCAGGGUUGCAGGCGCGAACACUGGUCAGCAAGAAAUUUGAUUGCAUAGACAUUUACCACUGCUAUCAUUCUUGCAGUCUUGCUUUAUCUGCAAAAUAUUUUGAGAGCUCCACAUGCAUAGUAGAAUACAGCAAGUUUUUCUGACAUGCUUUACAAGUAUGUUGCCAGACAAUUGUCUGGGUUGCCAAUGAGAUUACUCAAACAUUUCACCAUGUGUACUUGAUGCGAUAUUAGAGCACCACACAUUUUUUAUGGGAUUGAAACGAGGUGAACGUGUUCGAAUAUUAAAUGGCAGAAAAUUCAUAUAUAGGCUACUUGCCUAAAAGAAGGCCAUUAUUAUUAUUAAAUGGCAUAGUUGUGUGUCCCUAAAGAAAUUACGACAAGAAUAUCCACAUCCAUUGUAAGCAUUCUCUCUUACACAUUGUAGAAGAAAAAGAAAAAAAGAAAGGGAUAGUCAACAAUUUAGAUGGCAAAUUCUUGAAUACAGUUAGAAUAAUAUUUGAUUCACAACAGAAGUUUCAAAUAUUUGCAUACCCCUACUGUAAAUGCAUUCUAAACUGUCUUUUUUUUCUCUUUUCUGCUCUGUUAAGCCAAUGCACUUAAGCUACUCUUCAAUACGAAUGAAAAAAUUGUGGCAGCAUUUAUUUCACGAGAUUGUUAUGCUAUUGCAGGAGCAUUCAUGAAACACUUAAAUUUGCACUUAUAUUUUGUUUGCUCAUUUUCAACUUGCAUUGCACCUUUUGUUGUGCCCACAACAGCAAUCCGGUAACGAUGAGUACUAAAACAGCACACACACACAUUUGAAUGCUCAUACCUCCAGUGAAGACAGCAUCUGUAACUCCUGUGCUUGCUGUGGCAUUGUCUAUCACAGAGAGCUCUAAACCAAUUCCUCCUGCUGCAAAGUGUGAAAUAAGAUUUGUUUAUAGUCGCAUGUGACUGAUGUUAUGCAAGCCUGUCGAACCAUCCGAGUUGCACAUGGCAAGAGAGUGGCGAGGGGAUGCUAGGAAAAUGGAGCUUGUAUGUUGCUUUUUACUGCACAUAUGCUCUCACACUCCCGAAACUAUAGGCCUGGUGCCAAAAGAUGUACCCGUUUACCACCCAGCGGGCCCAGAUUAGAUUCCUCAUGGUGGAGGAAUUCUGUAUUUUGCUUCUUUCAACAUGUAUCACUUGAAAUGCUUUAUUAAGGCAACACAGCCAGCCAGACCCAAGGGCAGCCAAAGAAAUGCCCUCACACAGUGCUGUGCUGGCAAAGGCUAGUCUAAGGGAACCACAUUAGAAUUUAUACAGCUAUAUAGGAAAUGGCUGUUUUCCCUCUCUCGUGCUUGAGUGCAGUGCAGCCUCUCUUCAGGAACAAUGGCCAUUGCCAGCUGUGCGUUAGUCAAUUUCUGUAGGUGGGGGAGGUUAUUUUUAGCACGAAAUGAUUAUAGAGGACCUGUAGAGUAGCUCGCUCAACUUUAUAAUGUAUGUACACAGGCGCACACUUUUAUGUCUGAUGAACUCUGAAACCUUUUUUCAGGAAACGUGCAUCGCUGUAUGCAUGUGUGCACUUUCAGUGCUUCUGACAUUGUGUAGUAAAUGUACUUUACAAUAUAGGUAUAAUAAAAAUGAACGCUUCCUUAUCAGCAGCAAUAUCUAGACAGAAAA